GCUAGACAGGACACCAUCUCCUGCCCCGAGCUCCCACCCCCGACCUCUCGAGUUGCCCUCGCAUCGAGCUCCUUCUCCCCCCUUCUCUCUUCUGAGUCUGCCCUUGCCCCUGUCUCUCUCCCUUCUCUCUUCUGAGUCUGCCCCUUGCCAUGAGUCUGCCCUUGCCCCUGUCUCUCUCCCUUCUCUCUUUUGAGUCUGCCCGUUGCCCCCGUCUCUCCCCCUUCUCUUUUCCGAGUCUCCCUCUCGCUCCCGCAGAAGAAAUGGCGGCAAGAGCCAGAGGAGGAGGGGGUGUUAGGGUUGUUGAAAUGCUGGCGAGGAGGAUCCGGGAGGCGAGCCCCAAGAGGACGAAGGUCUGGAUGGAGAAGAGGGCGCCGAGGCAGGAGCGUGGGGUUCUGGUGCUUUACUACCUCUGCAGGAACGGUCAGCUCGAGCAUCUGCAUUUCAUGGAGUUCCUCUGUAUUCCGUCGAGGGGCUGUACCUUAGAGACAUGACGAGCCGUCUAAACUUCCUCAGGGGAAAGGGAAUCACUUAUAUGUACUCAAGCACACAAAUGGUUUUUGAUGGACUGUCGAACAGGAGUUCUAUUUCUUGGAAUGCUAUGCUCACUGGACUCGUACAGAAUGGGUUUCAUGCGGAAGCUUGGAGAUUUUCCAUCAGAUGAGAAUGGACGGCGUACAGCUCACUCAGGCAACAUUCACAACGCUCAUAAAAGCUUGCGCUGACAACAGAGAAUUAGGUUUCACAAGACAGCUGCAUUCAUGUGCAUUUAAAACUGGAUUUGCUUCAGAUACCAGCACCUUAACUGGACUCGUGAUUGCUUCUGCUAACUGCAAGCAAAUGGAGGUUGCCCAUGGAUUGUUCUCCCUGGUGCCCGAAGUACAUACUGUGGUUUCAUGGACUGCAAUGGUUGGUGGCUAUUUGGAAAAUGGCAUGACUGAGCAAGCACUGCAUGGCUUCAGAAAUAUGUGGAGAGAAGAUAUCAAGCCAAAUGAGUUCACAUUCUCCACGAUUCUUACCGCUGCCCCUGUUUUGCCACCUUCUCAGUUUCAUGCGCAAGCCAUCAAAGCCGGUUAUGAGAGCUCGCCAAAAGUGGGGACUGCGUUAUUGACUGUGUAUGUAAAGCUACGUUGCAUGGAGGAGGCAGCAAAAAUUUUCAGUUUAAUGGAUGAAAAGGAUACAGUUUCUUGGUCAGCAAUGCUUACGGGUUAUGGACAAAUAGGGGAUUCAGAAGGUGCUGCAAGGCUUUUCCGCAGAAUGACCCAACAAGGAUUAGAACCAAAUGAGUUCACGUUUUCCGGCGUGCUUAAUGCAUGUAGCAGCCCAACUGCAGCAGUGGAACAGGGCAAACAGCUUCAUGGACUUCUGAUCAAAUCUUGCUUUGAUAAUGCCAUUUGCGUGAGCAGUGCCUUAGUUACCAUGUAUGCAAGACGUGGGGACAUUGACCAUGCCUUCAAGUUGUUCGUGAGGCACACUGAAAGGGACAUAGUUUCGUGGAAUUCAAUGAUUUCAUGUUAUGCUCAACAUGGGCGCGGUAAGAAAGCCCUUGAGGUCUUCUCUGAAUUAGAGAAUGAAGGCUUGCAGUUGGAUGGAAUCACCUUUGUUGGCGUCCUCACUGCAUGUAAUCAUGCAGGUCUUGUAGACGAAGGUUCUCGUUAUUUCAAGUCCAUGACCAGCAUCUACCAUGUCCAACCAACAAUGGAACAUUAUGCUUGCAUGGUCGACCUGUACAGUCGAGCAGGUCAACUUGAAAGUGCCAUGAGUUUUAUAAAUGAAAUGCCUUUCCCAGCAGGUCCUACUGUUUGGCGGACACUCUUAGGUGGCUGCAGAAUACAUCGUAAUCUGAAACUAGGAGAACUAGCAGCCGAUAAACUCAUGUCACUUGAGCCUCACGACUCUGCUGCAUACGUCCUGUUAUCGAAUAUGUAUGCUGCAGCAGGAAGAUGGAACCAGAACCAUAACCAGAACCUGAACCUGAACCUGAUGCUGAAUGAGAGAUACAUCCAGAUGAUGUACAACAGGUCUUCUCUCACCCCACUUGCUACCACUUCCUACUACAACUAUCAGCCACAAUCACAGAUAGCAGAGUAUGCUACCUAUUUGUUCAGUGAUGAUAACACCAGCAGUUGUGCCAUCGUGCGAAGGGGAAGGGAAAAAAAAUAUCUCAUGUUCUACUGAUGAAAUGUUUGAUCUAUGGGACUCUUUUGACAAAAAAAUAUCUCAUGAUCUUGCUGUGAUUUUUUUUGAAAAUUUUAGAUUCAUAAUGUUGGUCCUUGAUGAAUGAUUAAAAUCUCACUCUGUAAAAUCAGUUCCUGUAAAAUCAGUUCCUGUCCAUGCGAAGGAAGGAAUUUUUAUCACUCCAACUGUGCCUAUAAAGCGAAGAAGCAAAAUCAGUCAGUUGCCACUCUUGGCUUUCACUCUGCAGACAUCUUAGAUUUCCGUCACACCAGGCAAUACCACAUUAUCAUGGACCAAUUUCAGAAAGGAGGUUUAGAAGCUCCCCUUGAGUCCUUUCCACCAAAGAAGGGAAAAGUGAAGGCAAACAUUUGAAAGAAAGCUCAAGGAGAUUCAUGAUUCCAUGGCUGCUGUAAAGUAUUCUGGGUUGCCAUCGUCAUCUUUGAAGGGUAAAAGUGGACAGAUAUUGAGAGAAAAACUAUAAAAUACUAUGUUCUUUAUUUUUUCUUUUGAAUGCAGUCCGUAUGGAAUCUUAGUGAAAAUUUGGUGAUAAACCAACAAAAAUUGUGUAACGCGUGCUUUUGUACUGUGCCUUAUACUCUGGAUUCUUGUAAAAAGGGCAUGACUUCGUUCAAGUCUCAGCAGAUCAUUGUUUUUGUUU